UCAAAAAUUUUAAUUAAUAUAUAAGUCAGUAAUUAGUUAUGAGAAAAUCUUUAUAGAGCACUCCAAACCAUUAGAUAAAUGUUAUAAGAAUUCCUAGCAGUUAAUGUAUAGGUUCAUAUUAGUAGAUAGUAUAGAGUAAAUAAAAUUUUAAUUAAAUACAGCCGAUUGAAAUGGAAACUUUUGCAAUAGGUUAACCUAUCAGUCAAGAUGGAGUGCCUUUAAUGACUCCUUUACUCUAAUUAAAUUCAUAAAUAAGUCAAAAUUAGAAUUAUUGUUAAACACCUACGAGUAUGAGAGCAGCAAAUAAUAAAAUUUAAAUAACAUCUCCUUUGAGUAGGCAAUUAAAUAAAAGCUUAAAUUAGUUAAAGUUCGAACAAUUUCCUGAUUCUGAUCUACCAUAAACUCUUUAUUGCUUUAAAUGUAAUAAGCUUGUGAUCACAUAAGUAGAAGAAGAGUAUGGGUGCGGUACCUAUUCUGUAGCUCUUGGAUUAUGUAUUUUGUUUUUUCCUUGUGCAUUUAUUCCUUUUAUGCAGAAACAGUGCAAAGAUUAUAUACAUAACUGCGGAGAGUGCAAAACAUAUUUAGGAAAGAAGGUUUUUCUUUGUAGACUAUGCUGAAAAAAAAAAAAUCUUGUAUAUUGUAAAGCUAAAUAACAAUAGUAAAUCUAGUUAAUUCACUAGUGUAUAUAUGGAAAAAAAAACUCCUACUAAUUAAUAAACGGCAAACCCUUUUUAAUUUAAAUUUAUAAUGCUUCUCCAUGGCAUUUAAUUAUCAAUUAUUUCAGAAAAAUUAUUUUAAUAACAUUUUGAAUUAAUAUUAAAAUUUGAAAUAAAUAAUUAAAAAAUUACUUUGUUAAGUUUUAUUGGUGGACAUAGACGUCUCAAAAAAAUACAACAAACUAUAAUAUUUAUAAAUUCUAAUUAGAGAGUAUUCUAAUUGAAGAAUAAGUAAAUUCCUUUUUAUCAUAACACAAUUUCAUCAAAUAAAAUAAAAUAAAAUGAAUUAUUUCUAAAACUAUUUAUAAAUUUUAUAUAACUCUAUUUUGUUUGUUUAUAUUUAUAUCUAAAAGUAAAAUUAUCAUUUAAAAGUUUACACUA